CUACAAAAUUCAGUCGCAAGCUAUCCUUAGCUCCGUGCAGACGUGCCCAACCAACCAUUGGAUAUUCAAUUGUGAUAGUGAAUUUCGACACGUGAAGUGGGAGUGAAACUAUUAUUUCUUAAACUAUUGUGAACUACACCUGGAACGGUUAUUGUGAAUUUUUUGAUUAAGUGAUUAUGACAUUGUACCCACUAUUUGGAUAAUUCCGGAUAAGGAGUACAUAAACACCGCAAAUAUUUUCAACCACGGUGAAGAGUCGUGCGGACCCGGAGUCGUCCGCCGCAACAUGGUCGCCGAGUUCAUCCUGAGCCAGCAGCAGCUGCUGGGCGCCGGCGGAGCCCCCCUCGGGCCCGCGCCCGCCCCCUCCCGCGCGCCGCCGCCCCCCCGCGGCCGCCUGUCCGUCUCCCCGCACUUCCCCAUGGACCAACCGCCCAUGAACGGAGGCCCCAACGACCCGGACUACAACUUUGACUUCUCCAAGCGCAAGGAGUUCUUCGGCCAGCGCAAACAGCGCGAGUUCAUCCCCGACAACAAGAAAGAUGACGGCUACUGGGACCGCCGCCGGCGGAACAAUGAAGCCGCCAAGCGCUCCCGCGAAAAGCGUCGCUUCAACGACAUGGUCCUCGAGCAACGCGUCGUGGAACUCUCCAAGGAGAACCACGUUCUCAAAGCCCAGCUGGAUGCCAUCAAGGAGAAGUACGGCAUUUGCGGCGAGACCCUGAUCAGCAUCGACCAGGUGUUGGCUACCCUGCCCACGUGCGACCAGGUCUUAUGCGUCACAAAGAGGAGUAAACUCUCCAGCAAUGCGCUGUUCCCGCCUGCGCCGCCCCCGCCACCACCGCCGCCGGCGUCCCCUCCUUCCCCUCCGCCGCAACGAGCGCCUGAACCCUACCCUGAAAGGCUGCCCGCACCCGAGGCGUACUACCCUCAUCCAGCGCACUAUGAGCCUCCUGGUUCGGUGCUCAACCUGUCCCGCUCGCGGCGCGCGCCCUCGCCCUACGAGCUGUCCUCCCUCUCCGGCUCCGGUGACGAGACGGCCGAGCAGUACGCGCCCGAGAACAACUGCCUGCCCCUCAAGCUGCGCCACAAGUCCCAUCUCGGCGACAAGGACGUCGCCAGCGCCCUCCUCUCGCUCCAACACAUCAAGCAGGAGCCCGGGCCUCGGUCGUCGCCGUCCUGGGACGGUGAGGGGUCCAGCGAUGAGCGGGACUCUGGUAUCUCCCUGGGCGCUGAAUACAGGCCGCAGCGACCCGAUGACAGGAUGGUGGAGGAGGACGAUGCACAUUUGAAGGCGGAGCUGGCGCGGCUGGCGACGGAGGUGGCGACGCUGAAGAACAUGAUGCACCAGAACAAGGCGCGCGCGCACGAGCACUGAGCGGCCGCGCCGGCGCCCGGAGUCAGCCGACAGCGCACCCGCGCCCCCCGCACGCCGCGCCCCGCGCCCGCCGCGGAUUGAUGACGUGCCGAUCUUGUUCGUACAAACUGUCUCCUACCCCUCCCAGUAGAGUUACCACGUUGUAAAGAGAAGAUAUAUUGUAACAUAUUGUGCAGCUGUAAGCGGCUAAGUCGCAACGCCUAUUGUAAUCCUUCCUAGUAGUUGUAUGUGGUCGAUGUUGUAGGGUAGAAGAUGGCAGACGGACCCUGUUUGAUAUGAGACUAAUUUCGUUCGGUUUAAAGACUUUUCGAGCAGAUAAAACUUGUCUACUCAGUGAUAGAUUUAAAAAAAUGCAUUUUUAGUGAUGAGCUAUGUAUGUAUAUGUAUAAGCAAGUAGAUCUGUUUCAUCUAUUCGAAGACUCGUUAGUGAAAAUCGAUGGCUAAAGACUACGUUCUUAUAAGUUUAGAUUAAGCUCGCUGUAAGUAAACAUAAGUCCAACAUAGAUUAUUUAUAAAAAUUAAUGUAUAGUAUUUCUCGAUCAGAUUGCCCGUUAAGUUCCAAACCAAAAAAAGUAAGGAUAGGUCCUUUUAAACUUGAAAUCGCAUAGUUGAACAUGUAACGCAGAUUUUAUUGACUAAUAAUCAGGAUAAGAUACCAGUGCCUUUGACAAUACAUACCUACCUAUUAAUAGCUACCUAAAGGAAUAUUUUUGUACAUUUAUUAUAAAAGAUGGCGAUUUCAUUGAAUGGAUACCAUGUAAAUAAGUCAGUCUUCGCUGUGUAUCGGCGAGCUCUCAGCGCGCUAGCUAGAAGUUCUGAGCGCGUGUCACUUAGUGACUUGUGCACAUAGUAAGCGCGCCAAUGCACAGCGGGCGUUUAAAUGUAUUGAAUCCUAAGAAGGCUAGUUCGGAAGUAUUUAAGUAACUCCUUGACACCCCUAAAGGGCAUGUGAUAGGACUGAAGGGAGUUUAACUAAGUAUUUAUUUAUUAUUCGGACCGAGAAUGAGGAUUUUACAAUUUAUUAUCUUUGUAUAAGAAACACUAUACGAUAUGAAUAAAUUGUGUACAUUACAAUUAAA